AUGGCAGCAGAAGGGGCCGAGAACUCUAACAAGGAACAGUGUCGGCAUCAAGGAAGUUGCUCCACCGAGUGUGGGACUGGAAUCCAGCGCCGUUCGGUGGUCUGCCUGGGGAGCGGGGCCGCCCUCGGGGUGGCCCAGGAGGAAGGAGUGGGACCCGGUGAGCAGAGCUGUCCACCAGGAAGCCGCCCCCCCGACAUGCGUGCCUGCAGCUUGGGGCCCUGUGAGAUGACACGGUGCUGGUACACGGGACCCUGGGGCGAGUGCUCCUCGGAGUGUGGCUCGGGCACUCAGCGGAGAGACAUCAUCUGCGUGACCAAGCUGGGGACUGAGUUCAACGUGACUUCUCCCAGCAACUGUUCCCACCUCCCCAGGCCCCCCACCCUGCAACCCUGUCAGGGCCAGGUCUGCCAGGACCGGUGGUUUUCUACACCCUGGAGUCCGGCCUUCGAGGAUGCAGUCUCCUUUCCUGCGAAGAAAGCAUCUGAUAAGCUGACCUAA